GCGUUUUAUCCUCCUGGCGGUAUCCUAUAGGCCACGUCCUAUAGCCUGGUCCAACUUGAACUUUACGAGAGAGGGAACCCAAGAUGGAGGCCCAGCUACAGCAUCGACUAACUUUUCAGAAUAACUGCAUAGGCUAUCUUGUAAGCCUCCUAUCCUAGUUUAUUGAAAUGGACAAGCUAGGCUAAGCUUGUGCGACACUUCCAGACACAUUCGUUAAUAUCGCCAGUUGACAUGGAUCGAACGCUAGUGGAAGAACUGAGCGCUUCUCUUGUUCGGGAAUAUUUGGCAAGGAAGAAACUCUACAGAUCCCUCAAAUUACUGGAUCAGGAGCAGAUAGAGCAGUCAUCAUGUAUCAGAAGCCGGCUGACGCUACUGAAAGCACUCCACAUUGGGAAGCUUGUGAAACGCAACAAGCAACAUGGACACCACCUUGACUCAAUGGUGGAGGUGAUUGUUCACUUCUUGCUUGAGCAUGCAAGAGCAUCUAAGAAACCAGAGUUUCAAGAUGAAAGCGAUGCGAGUUCACGGGACUCUCAUCAGCUUGUUGGAGCUGGGGACCUUAACCCCGCUUUUAUGGAGCUAAAGUUAGAAUCUCCCGCAUUAUCCCUGAACAUAUCUGAGUGUAGUGAGGAUAAUGGCACUCCAGCGGGAAAAAGUGGACUAGAUCUUAGUAGUUCAACCAGUACAAGUAAUUGUACUGUGAGAGAAAUAGAUAAGAAUAUUGACAUGAGUAGCAUUCAGGGCACAAGCAUUGACUGCCAAAGAGAAAAAUUAGGUGAAGGCAGCAACAGCUAUGCUCAGGAAGAUAACAGAGGAAUGGCACUUUCAUUAACGGAGAAAAAAAGUCAAGGUUCUGGAGGAGAUAACUAUCAGCAAGUCUCAGAGGGAAGCCGGAGUACAAGCUACUCGUCACACACCAGUUCGUGCAGUUCAAGUGACUCAGAAGGGUCUACUGCUUCAUCCUCAGAGUAUUCAACAGAGUCAGAAUCAGGAUCAGAGGCCAGCAUGUCCUCUAUUAUUGACCUCACGAAAGAAAAUCGCGUUGAAAGCGGCCUCAGGUCAGGGGACCUGAAAUCAGGAGACUUUCAGCUGAGCUUCAAAGUUCCAAGCGUGGAUACCAUGCUAGUCUCCAGAGAUGAUAUAGAUGACCUUGACGAUGACGUCGAAUUUAUUGACGCUGGAACCUGUGGUUUAGAAGGGGACUUGCUUUUAACACCUAAGAAGACUCUGGAGUGUUUAGAAGACUUCGAUGAUGAAAGCAGCCUUCAGGACAUGCUGACAUAUGAGGAACCGGUGUCUGGGAGACCCUCCCGUCUAGGGGUCGACACCCUAUCCCGCCCCAGCACCCAAGAAUCCGGGAGAGGCAGCGCCGUUCUUUCACCCCGUCACGUCCUUUGGCUCUCGAAGAAUGGAGAACUGCUCGGAGAUGGCGGGGGCGUCGGGGGAGACAAGGGGGUCGUCAAGUCCCCACCUGUGAUGAAAAUAAGCCCCCAGGUGCCGAGCUUCAAUGGAGGUUCUAUAUUCGACUCGUUGGAUAGCUUCCGUCCGCACGUUAAUGGCAGCGAUAUGAAAAAUGGCCUGCAAACUCCCCUCAGGGCACAUGCAAAUGGCCACAUUCCCAAUGGCAUGUCUGGAGGACUUUUGAAUGGUCAUACUCAAACGAAUGGCAGCAUUCACAAUGGCUCUGUACCUUUUGGUAUGCAGGGGAAGAAAGCAAGCAGUGUUUUUGACAUGGAUGCUGACAUUGACAUAGCCACAAUGGCAGCACAAAGGGAUCAGCUUCGAGGUGCCAGAAGUGUGCGAGGAAUGAUGGCACCUGUUAUGAGUAAAGAGGAGGAUUCAAAUUCAAGAAGUGCGACCCGCAGAUUACAGAUGUCAAGGCUCCGAAGCGAAUCAAUCCACGGCAACCAUGAAAUUCCAGAAGAGGAUGAAACUGGAAUAUUUCCACCUCCUUCUAGGGGAGGACUGGAGGACAGAGAUGUACUUGGAAGUUUGACAACAAGACGGAACAUACUGGAUGGGUUGCAGGGGGUGAAUUACAGGGCCCCUGGAGACUAUUUCACAGAUUCAGAAAGGCAAGGGGAUAUUAUGGCACAAUCCAUGAGGAGGCAAAGUCUCAGGGGUUCAAAACUAAGCCUCAGAGAUGGACUCUACGGGAACUUUGACUCGGCCAGUAGCUCGCGGAUGAGUGCUGCCAACAGCUCUCCAGAUGAAUAUAUAGUGUUCAAAGAUGAAAGUGAGGAAGGUAGUUUAGAGCGGAAAACCAGAAUUCCUCAAAAGUUUAUCCCCAAUUCUCAUGAAGACAUCCAAAUCUUGAAUCUUCAGGGUUUCAUGGAUCCUAAUGCUUACAUGAACAAUGCAGGUGGCACCAACAAACGAAAAAACAAAAAGAGAAAGGGUAAAAAAUCAAGUGAAGAUGGUAAACUUGACAACGCCAAAGAGGUCAACAAAUCCAGUCAAAAGCCACGCAGGAAACGAUCCCAUCGCACUUCAAAAAAUCAGCUAAGUGAUGAUGAGGGAGAAAUGGUGUUGAAAGACAUUGAUGAGCUUGAUAAUAAGGUUGCAGGUCUGGUAUUGGGGCCAAAACAUAUAAACGAAUCACCAGGAAGGCCAAUAACUUUUGAGGAAGCGAGUGAUUUGAAAACACUGUUGAUGGGUAGUCCUGCUCAGUCAUUGCCAAAUGAAUGGAAGAUACAAAACUUCAAACAGAAUCCAAAUUCUAAUCUCUCAUAUGGGCUUAUUCAAAAGAAGGGUGGUCCAUGUGGCGUUCUAGCUUGUGUUCAGGCUUAUAUGAUGAAAAAUUUGAUAUUUGGAAGUGCCAUAUCCCCCAAUACAAGUCCCAUCAGUCCCUUACGGCCAUCGCAACGUGAAUGGUCAUGGGCCUUGGCGACUUCAAUAACGGAAAUACUGUGGAAGGCUGGACAAGAUCAGAAAGCUAUACUUGCACUUCCUGGAUCAUUCCCUCACUUUACCGAGGAGGGUGUUGGCAGAUAUAGCCGUGACGGUUUAACGGAAACCCUCACCAUCCACGAGUAUGUUGAACAGCACCAGUUGUAUGAUGCUGUUACCAAUCACCUCCCUGCUUUCACCAAUGAAAGUAGUGCUGGAUGUGUUGUCCUGCUCCUGUCGGCCUUGUUGAGUCGUGGAGUUGAAAAUGUCAAAACAGAUAUGGAUGCCGGGGGUGGCCAUCUGGUAAAUGUUCAUGGGUACUCUUCGCAAGAAAUAGUCAACCUUCUAAUUACUGGACAUGCAACCACCAACACAUUCAAUGGAGAACAAAUUUUAGGGAGUGAUCCAGAAGAGAGGGUUGUUCUACACGGAAUUCAGCACAGAUCUGAGAUUGGAUUUCUCUCAUUGUUUGAACAUUAUGAUUGCUAUAAGGUUGGCUCGUAUCUGAAGAGUCCCCUGUAUCCAGUCUGGGUUAUAUGUUGUGAAAGCCACUUCAGUGUCAUCUUCAGUCGGGAUACACUUGUAACUUCUGACAUGCCCUCCAUUGCCAGUUUUGACUUAUACUAUUAUGAUGGUUUAGCACUACAAGAAGAUGAAAUUCGUCUUACUCUAGAUUUGGAGAAAGUAGAAGCUGACACAAAUGUAGUACCCCCAUUAGAGCUAUGCAUCCGCACUAAGUGGCAUGGGGCAACGAUUGAGUGGAAUGGAAUGGAUCCUAUACUAUAGACGCAGUAGAUAGGAGGUGAAGCCAAACCGUUAAAACUUGAUACCUCUGGAGUAAAGAAUUAUUUAAUUUUGAAAUAUUUCAUUGGUCUUCUGUCCAUCACUUGACAAGCUUUCCUUUUGGACACUUGAAAAGGUUAAAUAAUAUUUAACUGAAAAUAUUAAACUUAAUUUUGUUAACAAUUUUGUAAACCUCGAGUGACCACCAUCCAUUUCUCUUUUGUGGUAAACUGUGAAGCUGUAUCUAUAGUUUGUUCAUGUAUGUGAAUAGUUGUUAAUGAGCUUGUGAAAUAAAAAAAAAAGUUUAUGAACUAAAAUAUAUCUUUUUGAUAUCACAUAUAGCUCCAAUAUGUAAAAGCAAGAAAUGAAACUUUUUUAAAGAUGAAAAUGCCAAUGCUAGUUACGACAAUCUGUACUCAUUACAUCAAGUGUUGGCUUUUAACAGGUUUA